UAACCAAUUUGGAAAUUCGGUAGUCUUAAUUGUCAAAACCCUCAAAACAUAAAGUUGGGUGGUAGCGGUAAAAAUAUAGAAUGCAUUUAAAUAUUUUUUUUUCUCCAAAAACUUCUUGAAUUAGGAAACAAUAAGCGCAGUAAGAAAUGAAUGGAAUGAUUUAAUUAUCUGAGAAUUAUUGGAACAUGAGUACCAAGUUCAUGAAAUUAUGUGUUCAAAAGGUAUUUAAUUAGGAGUAGAGGAUAACUAGAAAUAAUUGAAUAAUUGGGUACAGAUAACUUUCAUUUGGAAAUUGUGAGUAAGAUUACAGAAACAAUGAGUACUGAUUGCGAAGUAGAGGAUACUGAUUCCUUGUUAGAUAUAACUUUAAAGAUAAAUGAUUCGGAAUUUGAUAUUCCUCCAAUUGCUACACCCUCCUUAGAAAGUAUACUUUGGGACAUGGAGUCUGAAGAAGGAAGUGUUGACAAUGCUUCUAUCCAUUCAUUUCAAAGUAUGGAAACAAAGUCACAUUCAGUAUUGUCUUAUUGUAUCUUACAAGGUAUUUCUGCGCAGAUUACCUCUGCAGGGGAGAGAGUAUCAGCAGGUAUGCCUACUGUGAUCACAAACAGUUCCAAAUACAUUGCAGUAGGUACAUCGCAUGGCUACAUCUUAAAUUUCAAUCCUGAACAAAGCUUAUGCUGGUGUUGCCAUGAUUUGAGUACUGGGGAUCAAGGAGCAAUUUCAUCUCUUGCUUUCAAUUUAGAUUCAACUAGGUUAUUAGCUGGAUAUGAACGAGGUUAUAUACUGAUGAUAGAUGCUAACAAUGGAGAUGUAUUAAGAAGAUUACCAGAUGCACAUGCACCUCAAACAGCUGUACUUCAUUUGCGAUUUACUUUCUUGAAUAACUUGGCACUCUGUGGUGAUUCCUCAGGAUGUGUCUUCUCAUUGUCUUUCCACAGAAGACUGGGAGUUAGGUCCUGGGAUUCCAGGUGUCUUUUUUCAGGGGCCACUGGGGAAGUUUGUGUUUUUGAGCCUUUAGUGCAUGGUUAUGAUUUGCAAUUUCUCAGCAGAAAUGUGCUUGUUGCUAUGGCAACAAUGUCCAAGGUUAUUGUAAUUUCUGUUCGUCCUCAACUGAAAUGCCUAUUCAGUCACCCCCUUCCAAAAAUUUCUACCUCAUUGCCGCAAAUAUCUUGGCAACUUGUGUCGAUAGGAAAAAUUUACCAACCCGUAUUGGCAUGGGGAAGAGGAAAUGAAUUGAAUUUUACCCGAUUAAUUAUACAAGGAUCAAAAAAUGUCAAACUAAUGUCACUGAGAAACAUUCAACUCCCAUAUUCUUCCAUUGCUAUCCAAUGGUUGGGAUCUCAACAUCUUGCGCUGAUCGAUACAAGUGAGAAUCUUCAUUUGUUAGAUGUCCGUUCACAAAAAGAACUAGAAGUAUUGGAAUUGGCAAGUGCUGAGUUGGUAUAUAAUUCUGCUCAUUUUAAAGCACUCGCUUUGGGAGGAGGCGUAAGUGAGGCAUUCUCACUUGCAGGUGAAAGGGCUUGUUACAAUAGUAUUUCUAGUAGAGGAGAUCAAUUACUGCUUCUUGGAACAAAAGCGGUUCACAUGGUCAAAUUAAGGAGCUGGCCUGAAAGAAUUAUGUACUUGAGUGAUAAAGGGCGAUGGUCUGAAGCUCUGAAUCUAGCAGCUGAAGAAGGAACCAACAAGGAGAGAUUUGCAACUUACCUUCUUCUCAAAUAUUUUGAUAGCUUGAAUCAAAACACAGUGGAUAAGGAAAGUUUGGUUGCAGCAGUAAAAUGUUGUGUCAAACUAAACAAAAUUGACUUUCUGUGCAAUGAACUAUGGGAAGCUAUAUCAAAUGAUUAUUAUAACCAAGACUGGUACUAUUUUUUAUUAACAGAUCAUAUUGUCAAUGGAAAACUGACUUCCCUUACACCUUUCAUUGCACAAUGUCUAGUAUCUCAUUUGGAGAAAAAGGAUGUGCAAACCUUGGAAAAUGUCCUCUUGAUGUUGGAAAUCAGCUGUUUGGAUCUUCAUCAGGUCCUCACAAUAUGUAAGAGGUACAAAUUAUAUAAUGCCUGGAUUCAUAUUACAACCAAAACACUUGGUGACUAUACCAGUCCCAUAACUGAAUUUUUAUCAGAACUCACCCCAGCUAAUCUGCGGUUAGGAAAUACCAUGUUGGUUUAUGUUUCAUCAUGUCUAGCAGGAUUAGGAUAUCCUAAUGGUAAUAUUCCUAAAGAGGACAUAACAAGGGUCAAGUUCGAUGUUCUGCGAUGUUUGGAAGCUCUACAUUCUAUUAAUGGUACUGAACAUGAGAAAACAUACCCGUACUUGAGAAGCCUACUGAAAUUCAAUAUGAGGGAAUGUCUGAAUGUAAUUGAAUUAGCUUUUACCGAAGUUGUAUUUUCUGGAGAGAUGGGAUUGUUACAUAGACAAAGACUGGUCAAUAUUUUGAUGCAAAUUGUGACACCACCAGAGUUUCCAGAAACAGAGGAAAUAAAUUUAGCUUGUUUUAUAUGUCGUCUAGUCACUUCCAGUAAGUUAAAUCUAGAAGAUAGUGUAUUAGAAAAAAUUUAUGAAGUUCUUGUCAAAGAAACUUCUCAAUUGAUUAAACUCCGAGAUCAUAUGGAGAGAGAGCAAGCCUGGUUGGAUCUUAUGUCAAGUAAUAGACUGAACCAUUCGUCACAUGAUAAACUAUUAGAAAGCGCUCUGGUUUCAAAAUGCUUUCGUGUCGCAGAGUAUUUAUAUGAACUGAAGAAUGAUUAUUCUGAUAUUCUCAAGUGUUAUUUGAAUGAUAGAGUAAGGAAAAAUGAAGUGUUCAAUUAUAUUCUGAAAUAUAUAGAUGAUGAAGACAGAUCUAUUAGAGAACAGUUUUUAGUCCAUUUCAAAGAAUUGGUAGAAAUAGAUAGUAAACAAACAACAGAUAUAGUUAUAGAUUAUUUCCCCGAUAUGAUUGAAACAUUCUGCGAAAUGCUGGAAGGAGAAAAUGAUCUAAGAUAUCAUUUUCUAAAAGAGUUGAUCAAUUGUGAUAUUAAGUUACCUCCAAAAAUUGCUGAAAUUUAUUUGGAUCUACUUUCUGUGAAGGAUCAAAAUAAAGUUAGAGCUUUCUUGGAAUUGGGAUUCUGUAGGAUGGAAGAAGCAUUAGAAAUAACCAGGAGACAUAAUGUCCAUGCCGCUACAGCCUUACUUCUAGAACAAGGCGGUGAAUGGCUUGAGGCCUUAGAAUUGCUCCUUGAACAUAAUCUAGUAGAUUAUGCUCUGAGUUUAUGUAUUCGUGGAGCAGAACAUUUAGAUUCUGAAGGUGCGCAAAAGCUUUGGAUGGUUCUUCUGCAGCAUGAGAAAAGUAGUGAAAAUAUGUCACUUCGACAGUUACUUCACGCUACAGCUCCGCAUAUACCCCCAGCUCAGCUUCUGGAAUUGGUUUCCAAUGUGAAAUUUGGAGAUAUAAGGGUGUCGCUUCAAGGUAUACUUUCUGAUUACAGACAUGACAUAACUAUGCAUUCAACUACUUUGCAGUUAUUGAGCAGGGAUUUACACAAAAGCCUUGCUCAAACAUUAGGAAAAAAUGGCAAAGGAGUAUAUUUCACGAAUACAUGUAAUAUAUGUCACCAUUCUUUAAGUAUAUUUAGUAGUAGCGACAAAGGUGCUGUUUCGGUUUAUGGGUGUGGACAUUGCUUUCACCAAGGAUGUAUAGUGACUUCUGAAUCGAUAGAAUCGACAUGCCCUUUGUGUAAGACAAAAUGCCUAGUUCUGCCCAAAAGUCAAAAUAGAAGUAGGCAUACUACUGAUAUAAAUUCAAGAUUAAGGCCAGAUUUAGAAGGCCAUUUUUGAUAAUCUAGUCCAAUGAGAUUUGUAAAAUUUUCUUGUAUUUAAAUUAUAUCUGAAUAGUGAAAUGCCCUUGUGAAUUACAUAUUGAAAAAAUUAGGAUAUUCGAACUUGAUCAAAAUAGAUAUCAAUUUUUUAUAAAUUGGUAUAAAAAAUGCACUAUUUUUGUAUCAUAAUUGGAAUUUCUUUUCUUUCAUUCAUAAAUCCUACAACUCGCAUUGCAAGUAUUCCACAAUAAAGUGUACAAAA